CGCAGUCCUGCUAGCUCCCCGUCAAGCCUCUGUUCCCUGCCAAUCACGCUGGACCACUCUCUCGGCCCGCCCCGAACGCACACCCCAGAGGUCAGUGGCCUCGGCGGCUGGCGGACAACCCGGGGCGGUGGAAAGAUGGAGUCAGCGUUUGGAGGCUUCUCCGAGGAGCAGUUCCAGAAGGCCUGUGACGAGCUCCAGCAGUUCGGGCAGGUUGGGAAUGACUGGGAGCUGCUGAUGGAGCACGAAGGUUUCAAAAUCUACAGGCGGCUGGACGAGCAGACUGGACUUUAUGCAUAUAAAGUCUUUGGUAUUCUGGAUGAUUGCCCACCGGCUGUGCUGGCAGAUAUCUAUAUGGACUUAGACUACAGAAAACAGUGGGACCAAUAUGUUAAAGAACUCUAUGAAAACGAAUACAAUGGAGAAACCGUGGUCUACUGGCAAGUGAAGUACCCUUUUCCCAUGUCCAACAGAGACUACAUCUACAUCCGGCAGCGGCGAGACCUGGACAUGGACGGGCAGAAGAUCCAUGUAGUCCUGGCCCAGAGCACCUCUGUGCCACAGAUUCCUGAGAGGUCUGGUGUGGUCCGGGUGAAUCAGUAUAAGCAGAACCUGGUGAUCAAGAGUGAUGGCAAGAAAGGGAGCAAAGUUUUCAUCUAUUACUUCGAUAACCCGGGUGGCCAAAUUCCUUCCUGGCUCAUUAAUUGGGUCGCCAAGAAUGGUGUUCCUAACUUCUUGAAGGAUAUGGCAAAAGCCUGUCAGAAAUACCGCGAGAAAACCUAAGAAAGGAAAUCGUGUGUCCACGGAACGAUGAUCUGGGAGUGCCACAGCCCAUCGACGCUCAACUUUGCUUUCACUUUUCUGUCUUCAGAGGCCUGCACACUGUCCUGCACGUCGUCCUUGUCCCUGAGUGUGUUUGCCUGACGCCUGGCUUCCUUUCCCACUCCCCACCCCGGGACUGGCUGCCUUCUUCCACUAUUGAAUAUGGGUCAGAUUAGGGAAACUUUUGCUUGUUUAUUUUUAAAAAGGGAAGUCCUCAAUAGAGAACACAGUCAUUCCAUUGUGCCAUUUCAGGGGGAUGGGUGGGCGGAGGAACCAUGACAAUGCAAGAGCAGCCGAUCCUGGAGAGCUGGCUCCUUCCCGGAAUGUGGCUUCUUGAAACCCAGAGGGGGCUGCUGGGAGCCCCAUCCCCUUCAAAAUGGACUGUCCGUGCACCAACACUGGAAGACACUGGCUGAUGUCCGUAUGCCUUAUGCUUUGGUGUGCUGAUCUGGCUGGGGUUUGAGGUGGUAAUCCAGGAAGUGUCUCUGCCGUUCCUACUUGUGGAGGAUCAUGAGCUGUUCUGACUUCAAACCAUUCUGAAAAAACACUGCAGGCCUGGCUAAGCACUAAAUGUAAUAACCAUUUUUUCUCAUCAUCUGUAUCUGGAUUUCUUUUUCCCACAUCCACUAGUACUAACUCUGCAUUUUAUUGGAAACUGAGGCAUCAUGACAACUCUGGCAGUUAGCAAAAGUCAAGAUGCUCUCACACAGCACUGUGAUAAAGUGUCUUUCUAGGCAAUAAAAUGAAUUUCCCUUCUAGAAUGUUUAGCGAUAUUUCACAGUCAGGGAAAUAUUAAUUAGUGGAUUAACUGACUCUACACUUUUUCUCAGGAAUUCUACCUAAGUUGCCUGCCUCUUCUACUACCAAAAGACUUCCUGUUUUCUGUUUUCUCCUGAAUUUUGGUAAGGCAAAAUAUUCUGUGGCUAAAAGCACAGCCUUAAUGAUCUCAGGGAAUAAUUUUAACCACUGUGUGAUGGUACUGAGCCUUAAUUAGAGGUCACAGAAAUUAAGGAUGUAAAUCCAGAAGCAGAGGAUUUAUUAAAAUGGGAUACAUCAGAUUGUAUGUCUUCUCUCUGGGAAAAAUAAAUUGAAUACCAAUAAACACAGAAUGACUUAAAAAUA